AGAAGCUGCCGUAGACGUCGACGCUUUCGAGAGAAAUGCGAGUGUUUUUCUUUACAGUCUUCGUUUUUUUUAGUUCUGCGAAAUGACACGGAACAUUUAGAUUCCUCCGAAUGAUGCCAUGAACCCCCUGGGAUUAAAUUAGUGAGUUUGUGGCUAACGGUUGGAGCCUAAAAAGCCCCGUCAGGUCGUGUUAGUGUGACAGCGGUGGGGUUCAGACUUCAGUGCCAACAUGGCAGCAGGUAACCAGAGUCCAGGUGAAGACAACACACCUUCACGCAGACAAGCUGAUGCUAACAGGAAGUUGAAGUACAUCAGUUUGACCAUUUUGGUGAUCCAGAAUGCCUCGCUCAUCCUCAGCAUCCGUUACGUGCGGACGUUGCCGGGUGACCGCUUCUUCACCACGUCCGCUGUGGUCAUGGCUGAGGUCCUGAAGGUCUUCACCUGCCUCAUCGUCAUCCUGUUCCAGAAGAGAGGAAAUAUCAGGGACUUUGUGGCCUUGCUGUACGACUCUGUAAUGGUGCAGUACUGGGACACGCUGAAGUUGGCGGUUCCGUCGCUUAUCUACACGCUGCAGAACAACCUGCAGUACGUGGCCAUCUCUAACUUACCAGCUGCCACGUUCCAGGUAACCUAUCAGCUGAAAAUUUUAACCACGGCGCUCUUCUCCGUGCUCAUGCUGAGGAAGAGUCUGUCCCGUGUCCAGUGGGUGUCUCUGCUCCUCUUGUUCAGCGGUGUGGCCAUCGUUCAGCUGGAGCAGGACAGCAGCAAGAAGAAGGAGACCAUCGACUCGUCCGGGUCUCAGAGCUACGCGAAGGGCCUGGUGGCCGUGGUGGUGUCGUGCCUGUCUUCGGGCUUCGCUGGCGUUUACUUUGAGAAGAUCCUGAAGGGCAGCAGCGCAUCACUGUGGAUCCGCAACGUGCAGCUGGGGAUCUUUGGGACCAUCCUGGGCCUUCUCGGCCUGCUGUGGAACGACGGUGCGCAGAUCGCCGAGAAGGGCUUCCUUUUCGGCUACACACCCAUGGUAUGGGGCGUGAUUUUUAACCAGGCGUUCGGUGGCCUGCUGGUGGCCGUGGUGGUCAAAUAUGCAGACAACAUCCUCAAGGGCUUUGCCACGUCCUUCUCCAUCGUAGUGUCCACGGUCAUGUCUGUCUACCUCUUCGGCUUUCACAUGGAUGUUCUGUUCACGCUCGGCGCCGGCCUCGUCAUCGGCGCAGUCUACAUGUACAGUCUACCCAAAGCUGCGGCUCAGCCCACCGGCGCUGGCUCCUUCCCUUCCGCCACCACCUCCUCUUCCUCUUCCUCUUCCUCGCCGACGGACGGGUUCCUUCCAAAAUUUUCCGUCUCGCACCUACACGGAUUUGGGCUGCUGCGCUGAACGCUGAGCUACAGGAGCUUCACUAACACACCUGAUUCAGCAUAGGAAGGCCUUGAUAAAUGAUCCAGAAAAACCCAAGUGUGCAGAACUCUCCGGGAUCUGAACCACACAAAAGGAAAUGGUGGGGGUUUAGUGAAAGCAGAUGAGAGUUUCGCUCGGCCUGUGCACCUACAGCACGCUUCUCUCUAACACCGAUCACGAUGAUCAAACUCGCCGUUGCACUACAACACCGGAUCCGCUAAUGUGACCAGGGACGUAGAACGGUACAGAAAACCGCUCAUGAAAAUAAACUCUGUAGGAUUUUAUUCUUUUUAUGAUUCUUAUGACAGUCAGGAGUUUUUGAACUCUUUUUAUUUCUGUGUGGGGGGGAAAAAAAGAAUAGUUUAUAAAGUAGGUAAUAGACAUAAAUGAAAUAAACUGCAUCUAAAUCGAAAUCAGCGGAAGUCUUUACUCACAAUUAAUACAGCUCUUAAAAUCUUAGUAUUUCAUGCAGCGUUGAUGUGAAGUGAUUUUUUUUGUCCCUACAGCACAUUUCCAACGUUUCCCUAAAUUACGACGAUGACUUUACAGCAGCUACAAACGGACGUGCCAUCAGGAACCCCCCCCCCCCCCUUUUUGUUAAAAGAAAACAACAAAAAAACAAAAACCCUUGUGCAGCUCGACGUUGCCAGCUAGUCGGGAAACGGCUAGUUUUUGUUAGCUAGCCUCAAAACGUCAAGCUGUAAAUGGCGCACAAACCUUUACACUUUAACAGACAAUUAGAUCGACAAAUUAUUUAAAGUAAAGAAGCGCCGUGUCACGUUGCCGUGUCGAUGUCACGUCGCUUGCUGAACUCGGGGUUUAAGAGAAGGUCCUGAGGUAUUUUUUUUCCCCCCUAGGUUGAAAAUUCAGGUUUAUUUUUUUUCUCAAAUGCAGCAUCUGUCCAUGGCACUUAAUAUCGGUUUAUAAACCUCGAGACACAAAAGUGUUCUAACAUUUUUGACAGUCAAAAGAGAAGCAGCUUUUUUUUUUUCCAUUCAUCAGCUUGAAGAAAGCUCGUGCACGCGCGCUCGUGUGUGAGUGCGCGUGUGUGUGUGAGUACGUGCGCGCUCGUGUGUGAGUGCGCGUGUGAGUGUGUGUGUGGGGCUUCACUAGUGCUAACAGAUGGCUAAUGCUGUGCCUUCCUCAAUGCCCUUUUGACUGUACAGUAAUUACUAAUGUCAGAACAUUGACACAUGUAAAUAUUAUAAUGACUUUAUUCUUCUUUUUUUCUUUCUUUCCUUCUGAGAAAAACGAAGUCAAUGUUUCAGUGAUGUUACAAAAUGUAAAAAAGUUUGUUUUUUGUUUGUUUGUUUGUUUGUUUUUGUGCAAAUCUUUGAUACAAAACAUGCCAAAUCUGUUGACAUUGCUGUUCUUCUCAGAGCAUCGGCAGACGUUUGAGGAGAUUUAACAGAUGAAUGUUGUUGUUAUUUUUAUUUUUUUAUUUUUUGAUCUCAUAAAGCACAUGUUUUGGUGACGUAGCGGUGAAGGUUUGGGGUGUUGGAUAAAAUGCGCGUGUGGUUUACUUAUAUUUGAAAAGAUUUCUUACCUUUUUGUUGGUUUACAGAAGAAUAAUAUAUCUAGAACUAUAUGAAGUAUCUGAUAUAAAGACUUAUCUGGGACAUGAAGCUGCUUUUUUAUAUGUCUGAUGGAUUUUCUCCUCAUUUCCAAUUUAAGAAUGCUCAUAUCCUUUUUGUGAAAUGAUUUAUUUUUAUUCUGUUUUUUUUUUCCACUCUAAGGCUGUUAAAAAGUUGUACGCAACAGCUGCAGAUCCGUUUAUAUUGGUUUAUUGAUUGUGGAGGGAAAUUCACUGGAAUUAAACAGGUCUGAGUUUGUUUUUAA